AUGAAUCAAACAAGUAAUGCUGGAAUGGCUACAACUAAUACUAAUAAUCAGUUAAUAAAUUCUGUUGCAAGUGAUAACCAAUAUAUUGAUGAUUUACAUGAAGUUGAAAUCAGAUAUGAAUUUUUGAUUCCAAGAUCACAGUUUAGAAGGGAGUUUGAUCAAAUUACAA